UCAACAUUUUUGAUACUGCUUCAAACAGAAAGAAAUUACCCCCAUUUUACAGUGGAUGGAUACCGUGGCUAGGAUGUGCAUUAGAAUUCGGAAAAAAUCCUUUACGAUUCAUAAACUUGAUGGGACACAAAACGAAUAACAGGAUAUAGGAUAGGCACCAGAAAAUGAGACUUUGCUAUCAGCAAGAAGUAUUAAUAAAAGAAGUUCCCAUUACUGGCAUUACCCUAUUGAACAGUCUAGGCCUUAGGGGGUGGCAAGUGGGCCAACUGCCCCAGGCCCCACGCCUGAAGGGGACUGCCAUUGAUUCCAUGUCUUCGUCUGCUUCGAAAACCAGAUCAUUGGGCCCAGUCUACACUCUCAAAGUUGCAGGAGAACGAAUGACCUUUCUAACUGAUGCCAAGGAUUUUCAUAAUUUUUUUCAGUCUACUGAUGUGGAUUUUCAAAAAGCUGUGCAAAGUUCAGUGCAAAAAAUUGCUUCAGUGACAGAAGAAGCUUUUUUCAAAAAUCACACCAAAAUUCACGACACAGUUAAAGGUCGACUCUCAUUUCAUAAACUUCCUCCAUUCUGUGAAACUCUGCACUCAAAAUUUAAGGAACACUUAGUGGGCAUCAAAAAUCAAAUAACAAUCAAAAAUGGUUGUGAGUUUGAAGCAGAGCUGAAUGAUCUGGUGCGCAGCACAAUGUACAAGUCUAUAAUGGACAAUUUGUUUGGUGAUGGAGUUCUCCCUACUCAUGAUGAGGCAGCAUUUAAAGAGUUUGAAAAAAACUUUUUGAUAUUUGAUGAACAGUUUGAAUAUGCUGCACGCCUGCCUAAAAUAUUUUUAAGGGAAUGGACAAAAUCUAAAAACUGGCUUCUCCAAAUGUUUACUAGAGUUACAAAGCAGUGUAUGCAGACCAUACCUGCUGAUGUUGAAAGUCGGUCUCUGCUUCAGACUUUAAUAGCAGUCAUUGAUGAUGAUUUCUCUCCAAACUGGUCAAUGAUGAUGCUCUGGGCCUCUUUAGCCAAUGCCAUUCCAAUUACCUUUUGGACUCUGUGUAUGAUAUACCAGCAUCAAAGAGUUCUCGAGAAGGUUCAGUCAGAAGUAAGACAAGUUUUAAAAGAGAAUGAAAAAUGUGAUGAGUCCACCUUAGCAUUGAUGCCUUACACUAGGCAGUGCAUCCUUGAAGCUAUCCGGCUGCGUUCUCCUGGUAUCUUUACCCGCAGAGUAAUCAAAGAGUUCAGAGUUAAAGGUUAUAAUAUUCCUGUAGGUGAUUUGUUGAUGGUCUCCCCUUUUUGGGCACAUCGAAAUUCUCAGCAAUUUCCUGAUCCGGAGGAAUUUAAGCCAGAAAGGUGGGAAAAUAUUGAGAAAAACUCUUUUCCUGAAAGUUUUAUAGCUUUUGGUGGAGGAAGAUAUCAGUGUCCAGGAAGAUGGUUUGCAUUGCUAGAAAUGCAUAUCUAUGUCAGCCUGUUUGUUAGUUUGUUUGAUUGUAAACUGCUGAAUGGAGUACCUGACUUGUGUGAACUGCACUUAGUUGGAACACAGCAACCUGUACAGAAAUGCCCUGUAGUGUUAAGUCUGGCCAAAUAAUGUAGAUGUUUGCUGAAACUUAAUAUACAAGUAGACACACUCUAUAUUAUAAUACUUCCUGUAUUUCAUUAUAUUGACUAACAGUUGUUAAUACUUUACUUUUAUAGUUUAUAUUUAUCUUUUUAUAUAUCUACAUAUUUUUAAAUUAUAAUUUAAAUGGAAUAAAGUUUUUCGACAAACAUU